AUGAUUGAGCGUCCAUAUGGCGAAAGUUUGACUGGUGCUGAAGCGCUUAUUAAAGUACAAGAGAAAGAGAACAGGAAAAUUAGAAAAAGUUCAGCAGCAGCACCACCUUCAAACAAACGAAAAACGAAAUCGAUAUCACCUGGAGAAUUAAUUGCCUGCAAUAAUGAAUUAUUAGCAAGUUCUGAAAAGACGAAUGCACCUUCAAUAUCCACAAAUCAAUCAUCAAUCACUUCUGCAGCUGAUACUCAACCGCCACAUUUCGAUUUACACCCUCUUUGUGAUGAUUCAGCACCGUUCAUCUCCUCAUCAAUUCAAUUACAUUCUCAACAGCAGCAGCAAGACCAAUUUUAUCCGUGUUAUUCACAAGAAGCAGUCUAUGUGAACCUUUCAACCGCUAACUCGCACGUCACGACAUCUGAUUUUAAUCCUUACGAUUCUUUAAUGUAUCCUUAUGCCGAUCAGCAAAUAAAUUAUUAUUCACCUCCUGAAUUACCAAUGGACUGUCACCGUUGUUUUACUGCCGUUUAUGAAAGUUAUGAUUCAUUUACUCCAUGUCAAAGCUGCGAUCGACUUUUAUGUUCAGUAUGUACACAAGCUUAUGUUCUAGGACCACAACCACUUACAUAUCCUGAUUGUUUAAUAAAAACACC